GUCGUAACCUUUAACAGUAAAAGAGCCAUUUAGACUCGUAAGCCUUGUGUGACCAUUUAUAUUUGUGAUGGAGGGAGCCAACUUUGUUUUUACAAAUAUGGAAUUAGCUUUGUGAGAGAAGUAAAAGAACCAAACACACAAACACGUACCAAACACAUAUUUGCGCACGAACUCACAUACAGAAACAUACACAUUAAAAAAAGAAAAAAGUACUGUACCUUUAAGGGUUUUACGACAGCAACGGAACUUACGGCACCUCCCCCUUCUCUCCAGUGUUUGAUUGGUUUGUUUUUUCCCGUCAGAAAGCGGACUCCGCAAUGGCGAAGUGAAACCACACAGGAAUCAUCUUGUAUGAUUUGUUUCUAAAGCAAUGGACUCCCCUAAAAGUGUUGAUCCUGACGACCUCUCUCAGGAAAGAAACAACUAUGUACUUCAAGCAGACAUCAAAGAUGAACUCGUCAGUGCACCACAGUUGACAGACAUUACAAAUGAUCACGUAUUGCAGGAAAACACCCAAGAUGACUUAGUUUCUCAGAGUGUAAUUGACGCCGCGUCUGCGGGUGAAGUGGACGAACCCAGGUUAGAAGACUGUAGAGGCACCGCCGGCUCCAAUGGGCAGAAAUCCAAGAGGUCCAGCUCACCUGGUCCUCAGCCUGUCAAAACAACCUGUGUGGCAGGAAAUCCACCACUCACCCUUCACCUUAGCUCUAAAAUAGUUGAAGGUACACCUAAUGAUGUGGAAAUGCUGAGCCCUGAAAGUCCAGUGAGCAAGACGUUGAACAUGAACAACUCUCUGGAUGAAGAGGAGGAUGGAAAGACGCUCGGAGAAAACCCUGGUUUUACGAGGACUCAGGUUUUGGAAUUGGAGCUUCAUAUGAGUGAUCCAGGAAAUGCAUCCGCAGAGAAAAUCAAUGUCGUUGCAUUUGGCUCUGAAGGGGCAGAUAAGGCAGAAACCAGUGAUUCAUCUAUGACACAGCACUUCCUUGAAAGCCAAUCAAAUGAGGUUUUCAAAAGUGAUUCUUCGACAAGUUCUUUGCACAACAUGGAUAAAAAUUUUCGGGGGACGCCCAUAGACGAGUUAAACCGGCUACCACAAUGCGCCCCUCCUCUGUCUCACCUGAAAGCCGUCCCUGGACACACCAUCACAGUCAGGACAGAUCUCCUCAGAGAGGGUAGAGUUCCUGUCCCUUAUCCCUCCAAGUUCCAAGAUUCCUGGGAUGAUGUCCACGUGAAGAUGCCCUGUUCUGAGAAAAAUCUGUUUCCUAUAGAGACUGAGGACGGAAGCGGCUACCAAAGUCGGUGGGAACUCAUCCAUUCCUCCUUGCGAAGAGGGUUUAAAAGUUGUCUGGAUGUCAGGGAUGCAGUGUUGAAGUACAACAUAGCCCACUCAAAGAAAUGGGAUUUCACUGCCCUAAAUCUUCUUUGUACUGAGUACCUCGAACACAUUGAGGUUCAACAGCUUUUUCAGGUAGUACUGCCUAAGAUGGUUGAGCUAGCACUCAGCGCUCCUCAGCUCUGCACUAUGCCAAUUCCUUUACUCAAGGCAAAGAUGAACCAUUCCCUGACUCUGUCUCAGGAGCAAAUCGCUUGUCUUCUGGCCAACGCCUUCUUCUGUACUUUCCCCCGACGCAACUCUCGCAAGUCGGAGUACCACAAUUACCCCGAGAUCAACUUCAACAGGUUGUUUGAAAGUUCUUCUCUUAGAAAAAUAGAAAAAUUAAAAACUCUGCUGUGUUACUUCAGGAGAGUCACUGAAACCAAGCCCACAGGUCUGGUUACAUUUACCAGACAAACAAUCAACAAUCCACCACAUUGGGAAAGCUCUAAGACUCUUCUGAAACGUUUACAUAUCACUUGUGAGGGAAUUAUUGAAGAAAAUGGAUACGGAAUGCUGCAGGUGGACUUUGCUAACAGGUUUGUGGGCGGUGGCGUCACAGGAAAUGGGCUCGUCCAGGAAGAAAUCCGGUUCCUCAUCAACCCGGAGCUCAUCGUCUCUCGGCUCUUCACGGAAGCCCUCGAACCCAAUGAAUGUCUCAUCAUCACAGGAACAGAACAGUACAGCAGGUAUUCUGGCUACGCCGAGAGCUACAAAUGGGUGGAAAACUACAAAGAUGAGACACCCAGGGAUGACUGGCAGAGACGGUGUACAGAGAUUGUUGCCAUUGAUGCUCUCAACUACAAGGUCUCAAUAGAGCAGUUUUUCCCUGAGAAGAUCACCAGAGAACUCAACAAGGCGUAUUGCGGGUUUUACCGAAACAACGCCAACGUCAAGCACCUUUCUGCCAUCGCGACCGGUAACUGGGGCUGUGGAGCCUUCGGCGGUGACACGAGACUCAAAGCUCUGAUUCAGCUGAUGGCUGCAGCCGAGGCCGGGAGAGACGUGGCUUACUUCACAUUUAAGGACGCUCGUCUUAUGACUGAAGUUCAUAAAAUGCACUCUUUCCUCUCCGAAAGACGAGUCACUGUUGGGCAGCUGUACAACCUUUUCAACCACUACUUCAACGAGGUGUGCAAGAAUUGCCACACGGCGCGUCCUGAUGUCAGUCUCUACAAAUUUAUCUAUGAAAAAAUCGCUUCUUCCGUGACUUCUGACAUCACAGACCCGACUAAAACUGCUGGGAUGUCAUCUGCGACUUAAAAGUCCUUUUUUUUUUUGUCUUCAUGGAGACUCCAGGUUGUCUUAGUCUUUCAAUCACACUUUCUUUUAGGUUUGUGUAUGCGCACGGAAAACAACCAAAACACAGUUUUGCCUUUUAUUGUGGUGGAAAUACAAGAACUUCUUUUUAUGUAACCAAAUAUGGUCAAACGUUUCAGAAACUUACAGCAAUAGGAAACCCUAAUUUGCUGUCGAGGCCUUUUAUUUGGUCAGUUUUUUUCUACACAAUGGCCAAAUAUUCAUCAAAAGCAUGACACUUUAAAUAAUGUUAACCCAUCACUUUGUCUUAUAUCGUAUUUCUGCCUUUUUUCUUCUUUUUUUUUUGAUGAUGAUGGAAUUGUUUAUGAAAUAGGUUUCCUGAACACAGAGAUAUUUAUAGGCCAGUUCGUAGUCUAUGCAUGGUUAACAUUUAUUCAUCGAGUAUUCUACAAAUAUAUGAUCUUUUAAUAUUUUCUGUCAUUUUGAAGUAUUACUUAAGUGCUGACCUUUAUGAUUCAACUAAAUCAAAAUGACUAUUUCAGACAUUUUUGGUCAAAUUUAGAGGAAAUGUGUUUAUUUUAAUUCUCAUUAUUACACUCCAGUAGACAAAUUGUUACAAAAAUAAUCAAGAUUUUUUUUCCAACAUUUUCUUUGAAUGUGUGUGUUUUUUAUAUAUAUAAAUUAUAAUUUCCUGUAUUUUCUGACAGAGUGUUGGGUUUUAGAACACAGUAAAUGCUGUAAAUGUAAUAACUAGUACUGUAAUUCAGGUUUCUAGGUUGUACUAUUUUUAAUAUUAUUUCUUAAUUAAAAGAUAUGUCAAUAACUA